UCGCUGUCGACACUUCUACUGGGUCUCUGGAACUCAGGAAUGUGUCUCCAGAGGACAGUGGAACCUAUACUGUGACAAUUAUACCACAAACAGGAGCAGGGCUAAGUGGAGGAAUAACACUGAAUGUACAGGUUCCAGUCUCUAAUGUGAAAAUAACCACCAGCAGUACAGACUUAAUGGAGUUCAGCUCUGUCCGUCUGUCCUGCUCCUCCUCUGGAUCCUCUCCGUCUUUCCGCUGGUUUAACGACAGCUCUGAGGUUACAGCAGACAGAGUUCAGAUCACUGAUAGAAGAUCCACUAUGACUAUAGUCAGUGUGACCCGCUACGACCAGGGACCAUUCAAGUGUUUUGUGUCCAAUCUGGUCAGUGAUGGAACCAGUGAUCCAGUAACCUUCACCAUCAGCUGUUUAACCAAAGGAGCUGAUGUGUUACCAGAUGGUCCUCUGAAUGCAGCUGUAGGAGAAAAUGUGAUUUUCACAACAACACUGGAUCCAACACCAACACCAUUGCUAUCAAUAAUAUGGCAGUUUAAAGGAGGUGUAAUCAUCACAUAUACUUCUGCCGGUACUACACCUGGACCAGGGUAUGAAGACAGGGUCACCAUCGACACUUCUACUGGGUCUCUGGAACUCAGAAAUGUGUCUCUAAAUGAUGGUGGAGUCUAUACUGUGACCAUUGUAACUCAAGCAGGAGCAGCACUAGGUGGAGGAAAAACACUGAAUGUACAGGUUCCAGUCUCUAAUGUGAAAAUAACCACCAGCAGCACAGACUUAAUGGAGUUCAGCUCUGUCCGUCUGUCCUGCUCCUCCUCUGGAUCCUCCCUUUCUUUUCGCUGGUUGAACGACAGCUCUGAGGUUACAGCAGACAGAGUUCAGAUCACUGAUGGAGGAUCCACUAUGACUAUAGUCAAUGUGACCCGCUACGACCAGGGACCAUUCAGGUGUUCUGUGUCCAAUCUGGUCAGUGAUGGAACCAGUGAUCCAGUAACCUUCACCAUCAGCUAUGGCCCUGAAAAUGUCACUUUGAAGGUAUCCCCAUCACAAAAACACCAUCCAGAAGGUUCAGACGUCACUCUGUCCUGCUCAGCUGUUUCAGAACCUACAGCUGAGUUUACAUGGUUUUGUAAUGGAGUCCUUCAGUCUGGUACUGGACCAGAGUUCAGACUGAUGAACAUUCAGAUGCAUCACAGUGGAAGUUACAGCUGUCAGGCCUUCAACAGUAAAACCAUAAGAAAUGAAACAUCUGAGCCUUUAUUCAUUUCUGUUCUGAAGAAUAUAUCAGAUGUUUCUGUCACCUCCUCUACAGCCCUGCCAGUUGAAGGACAGUCACUCAACUUAACCUGUGAUGCUUCUGGAUCUGUGUUCACCAAAGAAUGGAUGAAAGACGGCUCAAACCUGAACUCUACUGACAACAUAAUGUUUUAUGACAACAAUACAGUGUUGUCCUUGAAGAAUCUGAGUAGAAAAGACAGUGGGAGAUACACCUGUAGAGUCAUCAGUCCCAUCAGCAGUGACAGUUUCACAUAUGUCAUGGAUGUGAACUGUGGGUAA